ACCACGCGCUCAUCGUCUCCCCUCUGGGUAGCCCUAAUUGGUUCGGACUCUCAGCUCAGUUCUCCUCUGAUCGCUUCGCACCAUUGACAGAAAGACCUCAGGAAUUUGAAUUUCAAGCUCCCAACAAUGGCUCUUCUCUAGCUUAGAUCCAUCUCGGAAGGGUUCGUAAAUUCUGAACCAUCCUAGUAGCAGGCAAUUCAAGUAUUAUCGAGCAUACUUAAUCGUAGAAUGGCAGAAACAAUAUCUAGUUUCUGGGGUCCUGUUACAUCUCCUGAAUGGUGUGAAAAGAACUAUGUCUACUCUUCUUAUAUUGCAGAAUUCUUCAACACGGUAUCAAAUAUUCCAUGCCUCAUUUUAGCAUUUGUUGGUCUCGUAAAUGCUUUGAGACAAAGGUUCGAGAAGAGGUUUAGCGUUCUUCACAUAUCAAAUAUGAUCCUUGCCAUAGGAAGCAUGUUGUAUCAUGCGACCUUGCAACGAGUACAACAGCAAGGUGAUGAAACACCAAUGGUAUGGGAAAUGCUCCUCUAUAUCUACAUCCUUUAUUCACCAGAUUGGCAUUACCGGAGCACGAUGCCUACGUUCUUGUUUCUCUACGGUGCUGCCUUUGCUGUUGCUCAUGCAAUCAUACGUUUUGGAGCGGGCUUCAAGGUACAUUAUGCAAUACUAUGUCUUAUCUGCAUCCCUAGAAUGUACAAGUAUUAUAUUCACACGAACGAUGUACACGCAAAGCGGCUGGCAAAGUUAUACUUGACAACCAUCUCGCUCGGGACUGUUUUCUGGCUUUUUGAUUGCUUGUACUGCAGGAAUAUCUCUAGCUGGUAUUUCAACCCUCAGGGUCAUGCAUUGUGGCAUUUAUUUAUGGGGUUCAAUUCUUAUUUCGCAAAUACAUUUUUAAUGUUUUGUCGUGCUCAACAACUCGAGUGGAACCCGAGCGUAGUUCACUUUUUGGGAUUGUUUCCAUACGUGAAGAUUCAAAAACCAAAGAGCCAGUGAUCGAAGUCGGAUUAGGUCUUGGAUUGGAAGGAAAACAACAUUCUUUUUAUCUUGAAAUGGAUUUUUGGUUUUGGCUGGCUAUAAUCAGUAGGAUUAGACAUUCUUUUUAUCCCUUGCUCAUAUGGAUGUAAAUCAUACUCAGAAUGGCUGUCGUUGCUUUAGAUUGGGUUUUACUGCAGCUGUAAAAUUGUGUUUUACCUUCGGUUAAUUUUACUGUUUUCGAGUUUUUACUGUUCUUAUAGAAAUUGGCUUAUAUGGAAUUUCACAGAUUUGCUCUA